AUGCGGCUCUGGGCAUUCGACCGACUCGGAGCGGUUACGUCGCAAUCAUUCGACAUACAUGAGAAUGCGCUGAUGUUUAUAUCCGUAGUCUUGGGGUAUCUGUGGAUGGCUCCAAAAGACCUCGGGUUCGACCCCACCAUCUACGGGGAAAAGGGCAGCAGGUACGUCGAAAUCACGCGGGAUGCACGACCGGAGCGAUAUCAUCUGGAUGAUGUUAUAAAGCGACAGCGUUGCGUGGCAGGUCGAGCGACGACCUGUUGGGAAGUCCAUGGGGAUAAAUCCGGCCAGUCUUUUGUCGUCAAAGACUCUUGGGAGUAUAAAGAGCGGCCGGAGGAGGGGCCUCUACUUAAGAAAGUGACAGAUGCAGGCGUGAAAAAUGGGGCAGAGUAUCACUAUCACGAAAUCGUU